AUGCCCCAAGCGUCCUCCGCAUCUCUCUCCACAACAAACAGCUCUCUCUUGGAACGCUUGCGGCAGAAUGAUCCUACGCUUACGAAACUCAAAUUAGUGCAGAAUUACAAUGAUGUUGCGUCCGAUUUUGAUGAAUUCCUGGAAUGUCUCCGCAACAACACCAUCGUCUCCUAUGUCUUGUUGGAACGCCACUUUGUUCGGUCACUCAAGAAACCGCAAUGGAUCGCUCUCAUUCAAGCGGUCGGUCAGAUGACAAACCUGGACGAACUCGAAAUCUGGUCCGUACGAGUGCCUCUCAAGGAGCUAUGUGAAGCGUUCAAAGACUCCACCAAAUUGACCCGACUUGGGUUCGGCUUUGUGACAUUGGAAGGUUCACUGGACGCAUCUGCGUUGUGUGGCCACGCCUCGCUCAAGACGUUUUAUUUGAGUGAUUUCCGAUUUGUAGAGGAAGAGGAGGCGUCGUUGGAUUCGCUUUGUCAAGCGCUCUCCACUUGCCCCAACUUGAGGUUUUUGGAAGUCUUCCAAUACCAACAAGAGCAUCCUCCCGUAUCGGCGGAAGGUCUCGCGGCGUUGAUGGAGUCUCCGUGUUUGCAGCACUUGACAUUGAGACGCAUGGGACUGACCGCGGCGUUGACCAGUGGCUUGGCAAACAAACUUGUUGACAAUUUGCAGUUGCGUGUCCUCAACCUCAACGAGAAUAAGUUGGGUAACGAAGGAUCCCAUGCUCUGGGGCAUGCCCUCACGGUCAACCACUCCUUGCAAGAAUUAGACUUGCGCAAGAAUCAGUUGUCGGCAAAUGGAUGUUUCGUAUUGGCGCAGCAAUUGAGCAACAAUGAGGGCUUGGAACGAUUGAAUCUUGCCUGCAACCCACUGGAAGACCAUGGCGCAGAAGGAUUGGCCAGCCUCUUGCAAGUCCAUCCUUCGCUCAAAACUCUAGAGCUUCACAGGACUCUCCUCACAGAUAUGGGUACUGGAAAGCUUGUGGAUGCCUUGCGCGACAACGAGUCGCUCGUGAACUUGGAUCUCUCCUUCAAUAGCAUUACGGAAAUCACAUAUGUUGCCGCGGCGGAAGCUUUGAAAGUCAACCACUCGUUGAAAUCAAUCAACCUACAAGUCAACAAGAAAAUGAGAGUCUCCGCUUGCGAAGCACUCUUGGCCAUGGUCAAGGAAAACACGGUCCUGGAGCGUGUUAGCACGCUCAUGCGAGUUCGUUUCGAACCCCAAGAUUACCAUGAACUCGAAGACGUGUUGCACCAAAUGAAUCUAUACCUGAGACUCAAUCAUGCUGGUCGCAAUCACUUGCUCCAAGGAAAUGCCACUGUGAAAGAAUGGGGGACGUCGUUGCUUGCCGUGCAAGAUGACUUGAAUGGCUUGUAUUAUCUGACACACGCCAAUCCCGCCAUGAUCUGUCAGCCUUUUCUCGAUCAGCAGCCAUCCGUUGCCGUCGAGUGA